GUGAAGAGCAUCCUGCGAGCGAGCGGACGUGGGAGCUGGUCCCGGGCGGCGGGCGGAGGGGAGUUACAGACACACCGACUCUCCCCGGCUCUCCACCCCCGCCUCCCUCGGUGGCCGGUAGGACCUGCACCCCGUGCUGGCCUCCGCUCCUGCUUCGUCCCCGCCCGGCCCCAGCGCGCUCCUCCCCGGCCAGCCCCCUUCCUUGGUGCGCGUCGCGCUGGAGGCGAACGCAGGCUGAGACGAGCGCAGUGGCCGCCGACCACCGAGCGCCCCGCGCCGCCUCCCUGCAUGUGCGGCCAGCGGCGGCCCGCAGCCCCAGCCAGCAGCCUUGGCAGCUUCGGCCGCGCGUCCAGAGGCGGCGGCAGCGGCUCCAGCGGCGGCCGAGCGCUCCAGCCCGGGCUGGGAGACACGAUGCGCCGAGUCCUCCGGCUACUCCUCGGCUGCUUCCUCACCGAGCUGUGCGCCCGCGUGUGCCGGGCGCAGGAGAGAGCUGGGCACGGGCAGCUGGCGCAACUGGGCGGCGUGCUGCUGCUCACAGGGGGCAACCGCUCCGGGGCCGCCUCCGGAGAGGCCGGCGAGGGCGUCGGGGGCUCGGACGCACCGCCGACUCGGGCGCCCACGCCGGACUCCUGUCGGGGCUACUUCGAUGUCAUGGGCCAGUGGGACCCGCCGUUCAACUGCAGCUCAGGCGACUUCAUUUUCUGCUGCGGGACUUGUGGCUUCCGGUUCUGCUGCACGUUUAAGAAGCGGCGACUGAACCAAAGCACCUGUACCAACUACGACACGCCGCUCUGGCUCAACACCGGCAAGCCUCCAGCGCGUAAGGAUGACCCCCUGCACGACCCCACCAAGGACAAGACCAAUCUGAUCGUCUACAUCAUCUGCGGGGUGGUGGCUGUCAUGGUGCUGGUGGGCAUCUUCACCAAGCUGGGGUUGGAGAAAGCGCACCGGCCCCAAAGGGAACACAUGUCCAGAGCCCUUGCGGAUGUCAUGAGGCCACAGGGCCCCUGCAACACUGACCACAUGGAGAGAGACCUUAACAUUGUCGUCCACGUGCAGCAUUAUGAGAACAUGGACACAAGAACCCCCAUAAAUAAUCUCCAUACCACCCAGAUGAACAACGCAGUGCCCACUUCUCCUCUGCUCCAGCAGAUGGGACACCCACAUUCAUACCCCAACCUGGGCCAGAUUUCUAAUCCAUAUGAACAGCAGCCUCCAGGCAAAGAGCUCAACAAGUAUGCCUCCCUAAAGGCAGUAGGAAAUUCUGAUGGUGACUGGGCAGUGGCGACACUUAAGUCACCGAAAGCUGACAAGGUCAAUGAUGACUUCUACACCAAGCGAAGGCAUCUGGCGGAGCUGGCUGCCAAGGGAAAUCUCCCUUUGCACCCUGUAAGAGUGGAAGAUGAGCCCCGGGCCUUCAGCCCGGAGCACGGGCCUGCCCAGCAGAAUGGACAGAAGUCUCGCACCAACAAGAUGCCCCCUCAUCCCCUGGCCUACAACUCUACUGCCAACUUUAAGACCUGGGACCCCAGUGACCAGUCUCUGCGGCGACAGGCUUAUGGCAACAAGGGCAAGCUUGGCAUAGCUGAGUCCGGCUCUUGCGACCCCUUGGGGACUCGCACCCAGCAUUUCCCGCCCACACAGCCAUACUUCAUCACCAACAGCAAAACGGAAGUGACUGUCUGAGCUUUCACUUCAGGGAGUACCCUGGAGACCACACUCAACUGAGAGAGGCAAAAAAUACCAUCCCACCUACACCUUCCUGGUCUUGCCCAACCCCCCAGCAGACACACACACUCUGUUCUACAGGAACCAACCACAGACCUACUCGUGAUACGGAAUCAUGCUUUUCCUGGGUCAUGCCUAAUAUGCUCCAACAGGCAGCUGAGGGAGACCGAAGCAUGGACAUUCAGCAAUACAGCAGAGGGGGAACUUUCAGCUUCAGGCCCAAAUUGUGGGGCCUCAUUUUCCUUUUCUCCCUGACUGGAGACUGAAAUCCAUUAUAACAAAUAUAUCUAAGUAGCACAACUUAGGCAAACUGCCCAUGGAGUUCGCUCCAUACCCCAGGUUCUGUCUUUCCGGUAACAGGAAGAGGGUGGGUACACAGGCAGGGGCAGUUUCAUAGCGCUUGGGGAGGAAUUUGUUCAGGUCUCAAGCAUUUCCUGGUCCUUGCAAACACAGAGAAGUGGUGAGGACGACCCUAAGCGGUACGCUGAUGGAACAUUGCGUACCUUCAAAGCUGAAAGCAAAAACCUCACAAAGUACAUAGUCACUAAGCCCGCCAUCAGUGACGGGAAGGGAAGAACAUUCUAGAGAAAUCCCUGAAAGACCACGAUGUUGGGAGGGAUGGGCUUUAUAUGAUGGCCAGACAGUCCAGAGAUACAAAGAAAUGAACUUCUAAAGUGAGAUGUUAAAUGAACAAAGUGUUAAUUUUAUCCAGGGCAUAGAAAACUUGCAGUUGGAGAGUGAAAGGAGGUGCGAUGGGGACUGAGAAGCCUCCACUUCCUGGUGUUUCUCCUUCACCUCCAAGGCCUGGGACAAUGACAAAAAUGUCCUCUAUGAACUGUCUGUCCCCAACGUCCUUUCCCCUUCAGCGUGUCGCUGCCGCUGCUGCCAAGCUUCACCUGCUUUGGAGUGAACCGUCGUAAGUGUGGGUGGUGCCUUCAGUGUGUCGCUGUUGUUCAAGUGACGAUCUUGUUCCUAAGUGCACCCUCUGUCCUCAGCCUCCUCCCUCUUGUUUCUCCUACAGUAGUGCGGUUACAUCUUCCCUUUGUGAGUGAGCCCAGCCAAUUAAUACUCUGAAGGGCCUGCUAUAACGUCGGGGGGGACCUAAGGACACUCCCAGAAUUCCCACAACCCCACCAGAUGACCUUGGGAGGUAUUCUGUGCCAUCUUUUCCUCCCUGGACUCUCCCAAAGUCGCUUUCCAGAUUGGUUCCUAGAGCCAACAGCUAUUGGGUCCCAAGAAGAAGGGUCCUGCUGAAAGUCCUUCAUUUAGCGGAAGUGCAGACAGGUGCUUGGAGAAGCAGAGCAUUUUGUUUAAAGAGGAAAAUCUUCAAAUAAAUCCUGAAGGUCUUAGCUAAUUGACAGGAACCUUCCAAAGACUCACAGCCUAUUUAUUUAUUUAUUUAUUUAUUUAUUUAUUUAUUUAGUGUUUAUUUAUUUACUUAUUUAUUUAUUGGUGUGUGUAAAAAUCUAGGUGACAGUGAGUUGGAGCAUCCCAUGUGGUGCUCUGACUUGAAGCUCUCUGAUAUCACAAUAUCAGCACAUCCAAAUAUUAUUUUCCUUGUUUCAAGCAAGUUUGAAGAGCCUGGCAAUGCCUUUGAUCUAUCUGGGGCUGUUUCCCAUCUGAAGCAUGAGGAAGCUGGCCUAAAUCAAGCCUUUUCAGUUUUUUAAAAAUAAAACUCUGUUCUUAUUUUAUAGAAGAAUUUCUGCAAAGAGCAAACUCUUGAUUCCACUAGAAGAGGUGCAGAGAAGGACAACACAGAGGUCAGAGGUCAGAACAAAUGUUGAGACCCCAGUCCUCUCCAUGGGGGAGUACAAACUUAUGGGGUACAUAUUUCUCUUUGACAUGAGUUAACUCUACCCUUGAAACACAUCACCAUCUGGGGAUUCACUUUUAAUCCAUGUUAUUUUCAAAGGGAAACAUCUGUCUUCAUCACUUCUAGAACACCAGCAUCAGUGACUGGGAAUAGACAGGAAGCAUUAUGGACGCUUAAAGAUGAAACUCUAGUGAAGGUCUGCUCUGGUCUCUUUCCCUCAAAAAGACAUCAGUGUUGUGAAAGAUGCUGGUACCCAAUAGAGAGUUCCCUUGAGAUAACUGAGUGAAGGGGAAAGCAGAUAAAAAGAAAAUCUUUUUAAAGUUGGUGUUAAAUAUGCUACCUCCAUGACGUACAAUUUGCAUGUACUAGUGACAUACUUCAAUACCGCUGGGCUGACCUGCCGGAGAAAUGCUUCCAGGUCUCCUUCUGCAGCCCUUUCCUACGUCCAGCCCACGCUCCCCUGUAUCCAGUGCUAUUGAUUUCUAGUCUAUAGUAUUCUAUUUCUUGCUCAUUCUUCUUUUUGGAGUAGACUUCAUCCAAUGAGCUUGACUCCUAGGUCUGCAGCUGUAGUUUUGACUUCAAAUUUGCGGUUUUUCCAGUCAGAUGUAGCAUGUUCUUCCUGAGUGAUGUGGGCUGUGGACAAUCACAAAGCACCUGUCUCGUGACUUCCCAUUUGACUUUGGGAGAGGAACUGGGGAGGGACCAUUAGGCAGAGGAGAUGCGUUUAUUUUUUGACUUCCUCUUGGGAGGGUAGAUAGGCCUUCUGAUAUUUAGAAGGAACAUGACAAUUGAUGGCUGCCUUGUGACAGUGCUCCUGCGGACAACCCAGGGAGAAAGAAAAGAGAAAAAUGCGAUUAUAAAAUGGUCCUCUCCUCCAUCCAUGUGACCCCUGAUUUUUAUCCAUGGAACCAGAGUCUGGUUUUCCUUCACCUUCCUGGAGUAUCUCAGCCUCCAUCCCCUGUGGGCUCUGCCUGGAAUUUCAUCUCCCCCCCCCCAGUUUUUUUUUUUUGUGUGUAAAUGGAGCAUAUUUUAUGUGCAGAGAUUUUAGUAACCGUAUGUUCUGCAAGUAACCCUGUGUCAACACUUGUCACACUGCAGAGUUUAUGGUUUAUGAUACAAUAACACUUCCUACAAUGAAGAAAAAACAUUUGUUUGUUUUCUAAGAAUGUUUAUUUGUAAACAUAUGUAUUCACUAUAUUAAUAUGAAUUUCUUACCUGGCAAUAAACUGAUUAUAUGUGA